UCCAGAGUCCCGCCCCCAUUCCCCAAGCGGCAAAGCCCUAAGUCCCUAACUCAGCCGUCAAAGACGAGAGACACGACGACGACGACCCUUGUCUCCGGUCCCCAACCUCGCCGACGACAAACCAGUCUCCACUCUCCACUCUCCACUCUCCACUCUCCACCGUUGCCCACGACGAAGGACAAAGCUGCUGCCCGAGAGUCCGAGACACCUUACAAACAGAGAAGCUGCUGCCGACGACGAACGGACGAACGGGCGAAGCUGUCUCCGGGGUUCAAUAGUUUCCUUGUAUUGAUUGGGUUACAAAUUCUAAAAUUCUAGUGCUGGUUUUCUUUGAUCACUGGUAUUGCCAGUCAUGUUCAUUUGAAGCAGCUCUGUGUGCUCAACGUUGUGCUUCUGAGGAUGAAGAUUCUUGAAGCAAAUGCCGGUGCACUUACUAACUUUGAGGUGCUUGACUUUCUACGAUCAAGAGGGGCAGGAAAUGAUGCUACAAGGGUCAUGGUUCCUGUUUUACCAUCUGAGUUCAAGGUUUAUGAUUACUUAGAACGAACUGCUGCUUGCAAUCAGACAAGAGAGAUUAUAGAAGAAUUUUUAGCUAAAUGUAAAAAAUUCAAUCUUGCAAAAGCUGAGAUAUUGAACAUAAGCAACAUUAGGCCAUCCUCUUUGGUUGAAAUUGACACGAUUAUUGAGGAAUGUGAUACGCGCUUUGGGGAAAAUGAAGAAACUAUUAACGAGCUGAUUGAAACAAUCACCCAGGUCUUGCCUCCUCCUCCAUCUGAAAUGAAUACGGAUGAGCAAGUUGUUGAAGAUACAGAAGCAGCUGAGGAUGCUGGAACUGAUCCUCCAACGGAAAUGGAGACUGAUGCGCAAGCAGCAGUUCCAGAUGGUGAAACCCUAGAGGCGACUAAAUAGAAAAGCUGCUUACUUGGAAUGAAGAGUUUAAGUUAGAAUUACUUUUGAUUAGUGGAUGCAAGCAUCAUGUAAAAAUGGAUUUUUUUCUCCUCCACUGCUAGUUACAACCUUAUAUUUUCAGUUCAACGCUUUGCGAAUCAAGAUUGCUUUGGCUCUGUUAGAUUAAGUUAUGUUGCAAUCCAUUUAGAAGUUGUGUUAAGAGAGUUCAUAUUUUCUUGCUC